UUAUUAUUAUUUAUACACUACACUGUCUCCUAUUUCCUUCUUUAUACUGUGUGGGGUAUCUUAGGGAGUGCCAGCUUCCAACACCCCUCUUAUUCUGUAUGUAUUUAUCACAACAUUUACCCCCCCCCCACCCCCCCAACACACACAUUAUGUGUCGCUGCGAUAUAAGUACCGAUGUAAUUCCUGUUCUGGUAACACUAUCGUAUAAUGUCGCUGCCAGGGCAAAAGCAUCAACAAUGCUUCAUUCCUGUGUCAGGAUUUUCUUCUUUCUGUGUCUAGUAUUUAUAGGAUGUUUUAUUAUUACUACAGAGCAAAUAAUAUAAAUACAAUGUGUAGAUAGAUAGAUAGAUAGAUAGAUAGAUACUAGGGCCUAAUCCCAGCUAGCUGGCUCCAUGCAGUAGGUCACAGGUGGCAUUAUGACAUCAUUAUGACAUCACAGACACUAGGUGGUAAUAAAUUGCUGCUGCUGGGAGGUGCGGCUUUGAUAGGUGAAGAAGGAGUUGUCGUCUAAGGACGAAGUUGAGAAGAAUGAUGAAGAUUAUUCUUUUUGCUAUUUUUCUCCUGGUGAGCUUGCUCACCAUGGGGACCCAAGGCCGGCCUAUAUAUCCAUCUAAAGGCUCGGCAGAGGCGCCAUUGGCGCAAGCUGCUCAAUCGAGGAGCUUUAAUUGGCAUCAAGUUACACUGGACUGGAAAACCGUGGGUACCAACAUCGGUUUCAUUGGACUAGUGAUACUUGCCGGAAUGUGCCUUUGCUGUACUGCAUACUUCCAAUCAUUGAAGGAGUGUCUGAGUAACGCCUUCCAUCGGCUGAUUUACGGAGUAGUGCAAGAUGACAUCGAGUCACUACUGCAGCAACAUCUACCCCAGCGAGCACACAGAUACCUGGAAUUGGACGACGAUGAUGAUGAAGAUGAAGAACCCCGUGGAAAAGAUCGCUACCAUGUGAAACACGAGAUGGGACAUCAUCAGAGAGACCACCGCCAGAAAUACCAUGUGGCAGAGCGUCAUAACAUCAUGCGCAACGGGAGAAAGGACCCCAGGCAGAUGAAGAAAGAACAAAAACCAUCAAUAAAGAAGAUCUUAAAGAAGCCAAUCCAGAAACUGAAUGUGAAAAAAUUUGUGCCGAAAGCACCAAAGAUCGUCCAGAAAUUGAAGGUGCCCAAAUUCAUCAAAAAAAUGAGGCGCUAAAAGUCACCAUUCAGGAAGGACGGCAUUAACAACCCUGUCCUGUGGUGAUUUUCUGGUCUGGAUGCUCGGCUGUUUCUGGCUUCAGAGGCUUGAUGGUGCCUAUUACAUUCUCCUGGCCGGUCCUGCCUUGGAUACUGUGGCACUGACCAUCGUGCGCAGACUGCAAACAUCUUGGAGGCCUCCUGCUGGUCUCUCUGUCAUUCCUGGUACUGCCGCUGACACCGCACUCUAGUGCUGGGCUACGUGGAGCUGGUCUCUGCUGUGGCUUCUUAUCCAUUCUGAGUGCUGGUGGUUAACAUCAAAAAUUUGCCUAACUUAA